AGAUUUUUUGAAUUUUCGGCCGGCAUGAUCGGGUCUGAACUGAUGCAGCUUGUUGUUUAUCAGGCCCGUUGUUAAGCCAGCGAUAAAUAAAUAGAAUAGUGGACUAUUUUAGUUAAGCAAGCAGUGACGAAAGACACAUCAAUGGACAACAACAGCGCAAGGGUUUUAUUCUAGCGUUGCUUCUGCUGCCCCUUAAGGAACUACUGUCGCACGUGUUAUGCAUGUACUGCCUGUUGGUAUCAUUAAUCAAUUACACGAUAAAGAUUAUUUGGAUUAGGUGCGUGUGCAAUCAAGUAAUGUGCAACGGUUAGCGUGUUGUGAAUCAUUUUUAUUGUAGUAAGAAGUGCAAGUGACAAAAGGCAGCAUUGCGAAGAGGAUAAGAACACAUCAAUUUAAUAAUGUGGUGUUCCACGCAUCUUUCGGCAGUUCUGCUUCUAGCGCAAAAAGGUUAGUAUCAGCAAUGGAGCAAGAGAACGAAGCUGAUCGAAGCCCGAGUCGCUAUGCCGAGAAAGAGGGCGUAAUUAGGUACUACAAAUAGCAUGAAGAGAUCCUUCCCUUUAAAGAUAAAAAUGUCGCUGGACUAUAGAAGCAACUACUCAGCAAUGGGAUACAAAAAUGUUAUGCAAGCAUAGAGCUAGGUGUCAGAGGCGGCAACAGAAGCAGAAACGGGGCAGUGUUGGCAGGAGGCUUUCGUAGAUAAUGCCGAGUAGUAAGUAGCUGCUAAGGCAACAACUGAACCUGGUGCAGGCAUUGCAGAAACGCUUCCGGGAACUAGGAGUGAGCACCUCCGACAAGGCCUUACAGGAUCUAGCGAGUAAUGAAUGACACAUUUUUUGCUUCGGCGCAAUGAAUAAUACAUAUACAUGAUAUAUAGACAGUUAUUUGCGCCUCCACAUCGCUUGGCGUCAGCCCCCCAAAGAAGCGUCACUAUAUCCGCAUCAUACAUAAGACAGGAACAGAGAGAAAAUGCUCUGUCGGCACCUGCUCUUGGCGAGAGCUAGGAAAAUAUGGAAAAACAACAACCAAUGAUAAGGAGCGUGUAAAUGGCUGGGUAUAUCCGUAGUCCGAUGCGUACUCGAUCAUUUUCAUCUAUGAGGAAUCACUCUCUCGGAAGGUGGGCGCGGAAAUACGACAAAAUAACGAUGCUAAGUGGCGUAACUGGACUUCGCCUGACACAGCUUGGAGUACCGUCUCUUGUUCGCUUCGGUGAACCGACAUGGCUUAACUGUUCGUAUGCACUCGAUCGAGGCGAACGCCUUUAUUCAAUAAAAUGGUAUAAAGACAACGUUGAAAUUUACUCACAUAUUCCAGGCGAAGUACCUGCAACCAAAGCAUUCCAGCACCCUGGAGUUGAUAUCGAUCUGGGGCGUUCAACAGUUAGUGAUCUGUUUCUGCGUUCAACCGAUGCUAUGUCUGAUGGCCGCUAUCGCUGCGAGGUGUCUCAGGAAGUUUCGUUCACGACAGAACGCGCUAAAAAGGAUCUACUAGUUUACGAUAUUCCUGAUAGCGAUCCAGUCGUAGUAGGUCUGCACUCAGCCUACCGCACGAAUGAUCUCGUUAAUGCCACCUGCUAUUUUGGACCACUUAAGGGAACAUCGUGCUCACUCAGCUGGUAUAUCAACGGAACUAAGGUGAAAAAAGAACUUGAAUCACUUAUGGAUCGAGUGCAUGAUGACGGUCGAGUAACACUGGUACGAUCAUUGGUGUUUAGCGUACAACCACGUCAUGUGGAUCAUAAGGGUAAAUUGAGGUUACGCUGUCGUGGGCAGAUUGGCGUCACCUAUCAACUGAAUAGUGAAGAGAUCCGAGUGAGGGCUCGAACAAACAGUAGCCGUUUGCACGUAAUAAGAGGAACAGAAAUGGGCGGCCCUCAGAUAGCGGGUCUUUACAGUAGCUACCGCAAGCAUGACGGCCUUGUGGCAACGUGUAGAACGCGGGAAUCGCUUGCAGGACAUCGGGAUAAUCUUACCUGGUUUGUUAAUGAUCGAAACGCAUCCGAUUGGACAUCACUGUAUCCAGCUGUGGAAUUAGAUUCAAUACACGUACAAGAUUCUGAAUUGCAGUUAAGGGUGCCAUUGACACCGGGCAAUUUUCAGCGCAAUGAACUACGUUUGCGUUGCGGUAUGAUGCGUGGAGAAAGAUUUACGCGGGUCGCAGAGGUAUCCGCUCACGUCAUGCAUCACCGAUUCUCAGCAUGCUCUAAGGAUUCACGUACGAAGUUCUCAAAAGACAAAUAAUAUUACCACAGCCCAAGGGUAAGUUGUCAUAUGAAUAUGUAUGAGACAAAUUUGUAACCGCCAUUUAGAAAUGUGACAUGUAUUACAACUAUUUAUCGCUUAUAUGACCACUUGAAGCAUAUCAGUCUAGUCCCAAAAUAAGCUUGUUCAAGUUUCUAUAAAUUAAUUGUCUUCCAUUUAGGUCACUAGCUGCGAAUACCCGCUUCAGAAUUUUAAGUGCGGCUUGAUAACGUUAUGGUCUUAUUUUUCUCCUCCACACUAAACCAUAGGUUUGGUAGUGUAUGUAGCCUGUGCAAAUAAUCCAUGUUUAUCAUUCGGAUACGAAGCGAAAUCCUCUGUAAAUGACAAAAAUAUGUGCAGUAUUUUGCCCCCAUCUGUGAACCUAGAAGAAGGAAACGAGGUACCUCAAUAGAUGAGAACAAUCAUUACUAUAAAGGUAACUAAAGCAUUGAAAAGUUCGUUUUUAUUUUUAGAUUUCGUAAAAAUUUGUAAGUUUUCUAAGUACUCUAUUAUUAAGGAUUUUUGAUCCUAAAAAUUUCUGUUUUGCUAAUUGAGUCAUUAUUGUAAUAACAACAGUACGCAUUGUGUUGUAACCCCACUUUUUAAUUCCUGGCGCUAUGCUCACCGUCAGCGCUUCACCGAAACAUCGGUUCGUCAUCUUUUUGAUGUGUUUUAUGUCGCUACGAUCGCAAUUUACUGUGAUAGAUCAUUGCAUAUGGCAGUGUAUUCUGGUAUAUCCCUGAAAUAACACACAAUGAAGCUACAUCUUUAUUGGUAGCCAAGGAGACCACUGAAACUACAGAGUACAACAUAAAACUAAGAGUAAUCCAAUACGUGAAUUCCUUUACUUACCUUGGAAUAACAUUGAAGCCAAGUAGACAAUCAUUCUGAUAGCAGAUUACUUAAAAGAAAGCUAUUACUAACCGUCACAGCAUCCGAGAAUCCACGUAAACGGCGCUGGCUUUUCUUGUGUAAGGUUGCAUAUUGCGCCUUUUGUUAUUAUUUGUCAUUAAUAUGACAACAACUCGCCCUGAAUUGACUACGCAGACCCAUAGAAUGUCAGCCAACCUCGACCUAGCGUCCUUUACAUUCAGCUAGAAACCAACCUAUCACUUGCCCUGUAGAACACCACUAUUUGUUGUCGAACUGAGGCGGCAAUUCGCCAUAAAAAGAAAUAGGAGCUUAUGUACAAAUCAUUCGCUAACACGUACCAAAGUUGAGCGACACAGCCUCAGAGUUCUACAAGGUCAAGAAGGCUACCAGUGCCACAAUAAAGAAUAAUUUAAGAACAAAUCGACUUGCGGUUUAUGGAUGUCACUGUAAUAUCGGACGAACACCCAGUUACCAUGAUUUAGGAUAAGAUUAUCGCUGCCAACUAUGCAAAGCACCCUGUGAUCGAUAUGAUACUGGGAGUAGCCCUUUGAAAUUUAUUUUAUUAAAUGUUAUGUGAGAAAGGUCAUAUCCGCGUAAUUGCUUACUUGCUGCUAGACAAAUAUUCUAUUGUGUUGAAUCGUGGUUACAUGUUUUUUGCCUACGAAACGGUAAUAAUAGAUAAGUUCACGUUUCAGUUCAUGACUUCUCUACCAUUAAUGCCUAUAUGCUUGGCGACUUUGUUUGCAAGACUCCGCUUCGCUCACCUUUUGCAGUCUUAGCAUUUGUCCUUCCCACUUACAGAACAUUACGCGUCAAUAUAUUUAAAACUCACACUCCAAUGCUCCUAAUAAACCUCAAAAUCCUUGCGUGUACGUCUAGAUUCAAGUAAGCGAUUUAUGGAGAAUUAGUGUACGAUGCCAGCCUUGCUAUAGCUUCAGUCACCAUCGGGACAUCCUCUAUAUUGUCGCCUGCCGAGACUUAUUUACAAAAAUCAUAAAUGAAUCCUGUGGCGACAUGUGUAAUGGCUUUCAAUACGAUAGAGUUAUUAUGAGAAGUGACGUGUCAAUUCAAGUUCGUAACUUUGUAAAGUAAAAUAUAUUUUCGUAGCUGAAACGAUUACUAUUAACAUCUUCAGUAUGUUUUACUCUAUAAGAUUUUGUAACCGCUGGCUCAAUACUUUACGUUAAGUAUUAAGCAGAGAUUAUGUUAUCUGUGUAUUCUUUAUUAUAUAGAAAGGAAGCUGUGCUAAUUUUUAGGCAAUUUAGGUGUAAGGCAUUUCCUGCGAAGACCUCUUGCUAGAUACUAUACAAAGUUAUUUGCUGCUAAGAGUAUAAUUAAUCCUCAACAGAACGACUUUGACGAGAAUAAAUCGAUAUCCAUCUGACUCGUCAACAUGAUCCACAAUUGGUCGUUGCUCUUAAAUAAAAAAAAUUAUAUCUUUAACUUUAUAUAGCGGUCUCCUGCGGGAGCAGAUGAUAGCUCUACUCACGUGUCAUGGCAUUUUCAAGUAUUAUGAGUUCUACUUAGAGUUUUUUUUUUAAUCACAGCUGAAAUCUUCAUAGCAAUAUAAUAUCUGAGUUGGCGAAAUAUGUCUAAAUUGUUCUAAAUUGUCUAAAUUCUUUCAAGGUUGGCCAUGUCCUGGCACCUAUUCGUACCUUAGAAAUAAGCUAGUAAAGGUGGCGGUAAGUAAAGCUAGUAAAGGUUUACUUUGUUUUACAUAAUAAGCGCCUUCUAGGAAUGUCUAUGUGAAAUAGCUAUCAAGACGUUUAUUCGCAUGUUAUCUCGGAUUGGUGUCCGAAAUCCACAUGCGAGUAUUAAGACUAGUUGCUGGUCAGCUCUAAAUAAUGCAAGGAAACGUAGAGAUACGCAGGAUGGUCCAUGUUCCUAAACUGGCAAUCAAAAAUAACGUUCGAAUCUAGGAACCGGUGAGAGGAGCACCAAAUGUCUCCAGGGGAUUCGGCACCUAGAGAGGCAGCUCGGCGAUGAAAGACGGCAUAGAAGAAAACAGAUGCGUAGAUAUGGCUAGCGAAUAAGAAGAGCGAAUCACUUACCCUUCAGGGAUCACAAGAGCACCCUUUUUUACAAACUGACCAAGCUCACCCAAGGCCCAGAGCAGCUCACAAUAUCAAUAGCAAACCAUGGCUGAUGCGAGGAACCAUUGCGGUCACGAGAAUGUGCAGCCUUGCCGCAAAAAACUGCCCCUGUGAUUACAUUUUUUUGUGACUGAAGCCAAAGCAAGGGAAAUGCUUGACCUGAUCCGUUCAUGAGGGAUUCCAAGUGUUUCGACUGAAUACGCGUUUGGAUUCAUACUUCUUCAUACUUCACACUAAAUGAGCCUAGCAAGACCCACUCAAAUUACUCCUAAUAAGGGCAAGCGCUUGAAGCUAAAUUGAAAAAAAAGAGGUGAUUCCGAGAGCUUGUUUACAUAGAAAUAAGAUCCGGAGGUGGCGUAAUUGGAAAAAAAUAACAUAAAUCUCAAAGGGUGUUUGAAUCUUAGAAACUAUCAGCAAACAAUUGCUCAAUGUUGACGAAACUAACAUCAAUAAUAAAUGUGAAUUUUGCUUGAAACUAGUUUUAAGUUCUUGUGAUUUUCAUGAACGCAAAGUCAUCAACACUACAUAUGUGCCAGAAUGAAUAAUAUACACAUGAGUGGUAUAUCAAGUACAGGGCUAAAUGAGAAAGUGACAGAUGCAGACUUAACUAACUAACGUGACGAAAAUAGAUGACGAGAUAUCUAAACAUUUGUGAAAAACCCUAUAUUAUAGUUUUUAUAGUUUACAUCACAUUAGGUACUAAAAAUCGACUGCACAGACAUCCUCUCCUGUAAUCAUGAUGUAAAUAACAUAUGUGAUUUAGAUGAACAGCCCAAGAUCUGAGACGGCCAGAAAUAUGAAACUAAGAUAAAUGAUUGCAAAACGUACCUUAUAGUAAAUACGACGGACCUGAUAAUUAUAAUUGGGUGCACAAACUGUCUUUAUAUUAAACAUCUAGGCAUCUGUGCACACCGAACGUCGAAUACUUUUCAAAGUUCUGUCUGUUGAGCCGUCUUUAACAGGUACCACUUUGCUGCGGUCGGCGAAGUUCUAUGUUUUGAUAACUCGGUCUAGGCAAACUAUAUUACAAUAUAUUUAAGUCCUAUACAGUCGGAUCACAUAAGCACAUCGAUCGUGCUAAUAAUUGAAAGAAUGAUGCCUAAGAAUACACGUUUGAUUUUAAAAAGGCUGAUUAUGUCGAUAAACAGACAAUUAAUUAGAAGAAGACGUGUGAAGAGUACCACCGCCAGUGCCUUUAACCUACCUUACAACUGUGUGUGAGUUAGUAGAAAAACGGUUCUAUACCGGAAGCAUCAUGAAGUAAAUCUACCCACCACGGUUACGUUAAUAGUUUAUGGAUCUGGCUCGAUCCUUAGCGCAAACAUAAACGAUCCACGACGAAGCAAUGUUUCAGACUUAAUGACCAAGGUAAUAACUGACCAAGAUGUAGUUUUAGAACUAUACCAGGUGAAGAAGAUGACAAAGUGAUGCUCUUUGUGAAACCCUAUAACUUUAUAGAUUAGAUUCGUUUCGAACUCAAUUUAAUUUUAGGUAAUCUGUUCAGUAUGAGUUGAAACGAAGUGAUAACGUUGCAUUUGACAUAUGAGCGCAUAGCCUCCUAGAAUGUUCUGUAGGCCUGCUAAGCACUAUAUCUUACUUUUUUAUAUUUCAGCCCAGAGUUCACGUUCUGCGAGUCGUUGUACAACCUUACCGGUGGCUGUCGUUCUGCUUGUCACCCUAACGCGAUGGCAGCCCUAAACCAUUCC